AUGACGGAUUUUAUCCCACCGGGCCCUACUGCUUUUAUCAGUCUGUCUGAUUCGGAGUAUACAACGGCAACCGAUUCUUCAGACGACGAAGACUACCGCCCAUCCGGGCCCGUUUUCAUCCAGCCUCGUGUUUAUGAAACAGAAGGUGCAGGAUGGCAGCCGGUUAAAAUUGACGGGGACAAAAAAGAUCUCGAUGCGGCGUUGAACAAAUGGAGGGGACAGGAAUCUAGUUUUGGAAAAACAGAAACCUUGGCGUUGAAACAAACAAGCGGAAACGGCGGGGGAGGGGUGCCUGUUGCUCCAGGAGCUCCCCAGAAAGGGAUGAGAUUGGACAAUACGAUUCUUCAGAAACUGAUGAAAGGAAAAAGUUUGAAAAACACUGUCGGACAAGAACUUGGCCCAGAAGACAAUGUCAUGUCGGAUGAUGAAGAUGAUGAUUACAAACGAAAGGCGGGCGACAUUUACAUUCCCGGAGAGUACAGUGAGAGAAAGCAUGAAACUUGGAGAACGCAAGAGCAAAUUGAAAGAUAUCGAAUGAACAUGGCAUUUUUGAACAGGCUCAAGCCAAAUCAUCUGAAACCAAAGAAACAAAUUGAUAGACAGCAAUUGUAUGAAGACCUUCCUUUCCACGCUCGAGGUCGAUCAGAUGCGCAGAUUAUUCUGUUCCUCGCGAAUCGAGCUCGUUUGUUGGAGCUAAAGAAGAAAUAUGAAAAUUACGAGCCAAUUUAUACCAAUGGCCAAGAAUCAAAGAAUGACCAAAACGAUGUCAAAAAAGAAGACGAGAAUGAUGCUCAGGACGAAAGGGAAACAUCAAUCAACCGGCCGGAAACAUCCUUCAAUCGGCAGCAAUCGUACAACAACAGUUUCAACCACACUUUAUCUCGACGAUCAGAUUUCCGAAAGUCAAGGAAAGCUAGGAAGAUUUCCGUAGAUCGAAGCCGGCUAUCGCAGAGCCUCUAUUCUCGCGACAAUACUUUGAGAAAUGAUUCCAAUGUUUCAUUUGAAAAUCCGGGUGAAAAAGAAGACGUUGAGUUUUCUGGCGUUACGACGAUUCGCCGAGAUCAAUCAGUUCCGCGGAAGAAAAUGGAGCCCGGUCAGUUCGAAGCUUCAACAAUCAAGAAGAACUUUUCAUUAUCCAAAGCAGAUAAAAAUGAAAUACCUCGGGUCGUUAAAAGACGCAAUGAGAGCGAUGAGAUGACUCUAUCUGAAUUCAAGCUCAAACGACCUUCCGAAGCCGAUACAGAGGAUCCCGAAAACGAAAUCCUUCAAAAUGAUGGCUGGUUGACAAAAAUUCGGCUUCAUGGGGAGUUUUACUCGAAGUGGAAGAGCAAGAUGAUCCAAGGCUCAUAUAAACUCUUCGAUGUUACUUCUGAUGGCCUGCCUGUUUACAAGAGGUCGAAAAAAGGACAAGACAUCUUUUUAUUCUUCGACAAAAACAAGUGGAAAAUCUCGCCCGAUACGGGCUCGAACGCAUGUUGGGUUUAUUGCAAAUCAAAGUCGACCCACGAACUUCCACUUGAAGGAUGGAAACAAUACGAGAAGAAGAAAUGGUUGCCAGUUCAGAAGAUCGAGCUCUUUGAAGCGGUCUGA